UCUGUGCGGGCGGAUCCGCCGCCAUCCGCGCUGCUGGGGCCCGGGACCGCGGAAGCCGGGGCUGGAGGGACAGUCCGGGCGGUGUGGAGUCGUGCCCCGAGGACCGGGGGAUCUGCGUGCUGUGCUAGCGCUGCAGGCCGGAGCUGCGGUAGGAACCUUGAAGGAUGCUGAGCUGCGACUUGGCAAGCUGAAACAUGACUGAUACAGAUGAGACCCAGGCUUCUGGCUCUGAUUACCCUGAUGCCCAGGAGCUGAUCAGCCAUCAGGAGGAGGAGCCAUCUGAGGUGUGCUCAUGGCAAAGGAGUACAGGAGCAGAGCGGUCAAGGCAGAAGAUGGCUGCUCCUGGGAAGUCUGCAGAUCAUCCCAACAGCAUGUGUAAAUCAUCAGCUGCCUCAACUGAGGUUUUACUGAUCAGCAGUGAUUCAGAAAGUGACGUCUCUGCUGCUCGUCCUGAGUGCUCCAUCGCACCUUCAAAGCAGAAAAGGCGAUCUCAAUCUUCAAGGCAACAAGCUGAAUCUGGUACAGAAGUACCUGACAAUGAAAGCUCCUCAGACUCUUCACUGUCUCCCCAAAGUCCAGGGAAAUCAUUGGCUGUUCCCAAGCAGCAGAAGUCAAAACUCAAUUUGAAGGCCAUUUUUGCCUAUCACUUCAGGGGAAGGAAGUUCAAAGCCGCCGCACACCGAAAAUACAGAAUACAGGCACGGAAGAGCAAGAAGAAAAAGUAUGAGAGCACACACAUGCCCACAGGGAGGCCCCCACUGACAGCCUCACCUCAGGAACAAAAGAGAAGGCUUCUAGACAGAGGUUUUCAGUUCCCUUUUGUUGAAAAACAUUAUGGGGAGAAACAUAUUCCCUUAAAAAUGGUUCUUGGCUAUGAGCAAGCAGCUGCAAAGGGAUAUUUCAAGUACAUUGAAGUGCUUAAAUAUGAAGAACAUCUUAAAAAAGCUUUAAAAGCCCUUCAGGCCAGUGAUGACUUAGAAAAAGAGUGUAUGGUGUUACGGAAGCACAAAUACUUAGAUGAUGAAGGCCCCAUUUCCCCUAUUGAGGAGACAGAUGAUGAUGAGGACAGCUUGAAUUCUGAUACUCAGGAACAACUUGAUGCCAGAGUAGUGGAGAACAGCUCUUUUAUUCUAAGCAGCACAAUUCCCAAAAAAAAGAAGUUAAAGCCACGAAGAAAACAUGCCGAAACACCUGAAGUGAUUGAAAUAGUGGAUGAAUAAGAGGGUGCUGAAGAGAACUCUGUGCCUCUGCAAGGCUCACCUUGGUGAACAGCAAAUGCACCAAUGAGGUGGCAGCGGUCGUUCCUCAGAUACCUUUUCAUGGGCCUGUUUGGUUUAAAACAUUGGUCUGGAAUCAGUGUUCAGGUCUCCACUCAGCUGCCCAGGCACAUUUGCCUUACUUUUGUUGUUUUGGAAGAUGAAAUACCUCUUGGUUUUCUUGCUGCAUAAGAUGAACACACUCACACUGCAGCAGCAGUUGUAACUACUUAGGGAUCUCUUGAGUUCUUAAGGCUGUUUGCUGACCUGAUUCACAAAUCCUUUACUUCAGUGGACAUCUGUGCAGCAUGGUAGCAAAAGAGGGCAUUCCUGUGAUGUGUGGAACAGAUUGGAAAGCCUCUACUCAGGUGAAGUUCACCUGAUGUCAGGUCUGAACUAGCAUCUUGGUACUUAGAGAAAGUGAAGAAGAAAGAAAUACAGGCUGCCAUUUCACAAAGUCUGAAGCUGUUUCAAGGUCUGUUCUCCAGCUCAGCUGCACGGCAGUUCUGUGGAGAGUACCUCUUACUGCCUGACACCCUCUGGUGCAUGCAAGAAGCUCAAAUGUGAAAUGAGCUGUGGUGGUUGAAAGUCUGUGCACCCAGCAGCCUUCUGGUGGGAUGUUCAAAAAGCAGUGCUACACCAGGGCAGCAUUUGGCAUCCUUUGUUUUCAGUCUGCUGUGCCUGUUAAACCAGGUGCUUGAGGAUACAGAAUGAAGUGAAUUGAAUUUCCCUGAGUUAAAAAGAUGGAAGCAGUUUGUUUGACAGGGUCUGCCAUCAAGUUGCUGUCUGUCAGAGGGAUGAGAAACACCAUGUGGGAGCUAGCAAAGAGAGUGUGAAGAUCCUGCUGAUGUUGGUGCAAGCCUGCUCCAAAGAACUGCACAGGUGUUCCAGACAAAGAAAGAACCGUCCCUAGAGUGUUUAUUGCAGUUUUUUGAAUUAAACAUUCAUUUUAACUUGUUA